UAUGGCCAAGAAAUAACAGACACUGAUCGGCCACGUGAUUCAAUCGAGAACUUGUUUUUAAUAAAGAGAUGAUCAAAUUCGAGUCUAGAACAAUUGUGGCGUAAAAGCGAACUCUCCAUUUGUGUGCAACAUGAAUAUUCAGAAGAAUCUUUUCAAGACAGGUUUUGGAAACGAAGAUACAAAAUCUGGGAGUUCGACUGCAUUCAAUAUGGGGUCCAAAUUUUAUGCGAGCGUUCCUCCGAGUGCGCGAUCAGCGGCAGUUAAAGCCACUUCAAGUGCUUUGUCCUCUGCUGCUCAAAACGAAAAGGUGCAAGCGGCAGCCGCAGACAGGCUACAGUCCUCAAUGAAUCAGCAACUCCAGACUAGAGCAGGGAUGAAUGCGCAAACCUCGAACUACCUUGCUGGCCAAAUGAGCAAAGGUGUCCCGGGAGCCAUGAGUGCAGCGGGUAAAAAUGAGACGAUGAUGAACGAUCUGUCGAGUCGCAUGGUCGACGGUUCAUCUUCGGCUGUGUUUGGAGGAGCUUCGAUGGCAUCGGAUUCUGGCUCAAGUCGUGGGACAUCAAAUGAAAAGUCUGAGAAUAAACCAUCCAGUGGAGCUACAUCAGUAGAGGAACUAAAGCGACGGUUGGGAACCUUAUAUGGCAGCUCAUACACUCCGACAUAUACACCCACAUCAACCCGAUCUCAGCAACCUACCAAUCAGAACAUAGCAUCAACAUCAAAUUCAACGUCUGCGUCAUCGUUUAUAACAAGUUAUAACAGUAAUUCUGCCUCUUCAUAUGGAGGUAGUGCUAAUAGUUCUGGUUAUAUUAAUCAAGGUUUUUCGAGCAAUUACACUUCGAGCGGCAGUUCGUGGGACACUCAGUUUGAGUCUAAACCCAAAACACAGUUCGCAGACCCCUUUGCUGCCUUCAAUCGUGCUGAAGAACCGUCAUCGACAUAUACUGAGAACAGUAACAGUGGUGCUCAAGUUGCGAAAAAUCAUUCGGGGUUCCCUACUAGCUCCAUCUCAACAUCUGGGUCUACUGACGUGGGAGCAACAGGAACUUUGUACGAGGCUAUUCACGACUUCGAAUCAGGCGCAUCUGAAGAGUUGAAUUUCAAAAAAGGUGACCUUAUCGUGCUAAGUGGCACAGUGACUGAAGAGUGGUGGCUGGGAAGACUUAAGCAUGAGCCUCCUACACAGUCGCCGCCUCGUAUGUUCCCCGCCAACUUCGUCAAACUGAAGCCGGCGGGAGCCAAGCCGCCUCCACCUAUUCCAAAGAAACCAUUCAGCAAUACCCAGCAGAAAUAUCUCAAUGCCAGUUCUCUCAAAGAUUCUGGUGAACCUUAUUGUGUCGCACUGUACGACUACAACGGCCAGUGUCCAGGAGAUCUCUCUUUUCGAGCAGGAGACGAGAUAAAGCUACUGAAAACGAUAGACGCCAACUGGAAAGAAGGGGAACUGUUUGGAAGUAAAGGAAUAUUUCCGUCAAACUUCGUCCAAGUCAAACGGGAUAUUUCUUUGUCGCCCUCUAGCGCUUCAUCUUCUCGGCAAUUCGAAGCAGUUGCACCUGGAAAGACUAUAGGCAGUCUUACAUCAAACAAUGGAAUCGGAAUUGACAAACGCUGGGUGCUGUAUGACUAUCAGGCGACUAAACACGACGAGUUGUCGGUAAAGACGGGCGACGAGGUUGUUGUUGUCUCCAAGAUGCCAGGCUCAGAAGACUGGCUGUUCUGUCAACUAGGAACAAAAACUGGAUAUCUACCAACAAACUUCAUGUCAUCUUAAAGUUUUUAGAGCUGAAAAAUGUACUUCAUAUUUCAAUUUUUUUUUGAAGUUUAAAAUAGUUUCGUUUUUUGAAUGCUCUAUCAUUAUAUGCCUAGUGAAAUGAAUUUAUUGUGCUGACAUAUGCACAAUUUUCAAUGCGUUGAUAACAAUCAAAACAGUUAAAUAAGUCUAUUUUAAGCCAAAUAAAUGCCUUUCUAUGAUAAAUAGUUGUAAAUAUUUAAUUUUCAUUAAAAUGA